UUUGGCUAAUCAAUACCACACAAUCAAUCAGUGUCACACCUGCAGGGUCUGGUUCGGGCGAAAGCACAACUCACCUGCGAAAUUAUAGCUACGAAAAAGAAAUAAACUGCUAAACAAAACAAAGAGAAAGAACCGAGAAGGCAAAGAGAAAGAAAGUAAAUAAACAAUCUUAUAUAUUCGAUGAAAAUUUUAACGAAGCAGUCUACGGUGAACAGUUGGACGGAGACAAGCUUCCGAUCAGUUGGUAAUUUCUGUACGCGGCAAUACCAGCAAGCAGAAAAGAUUUGUAGGUCAGUCUUGCCGAGCCGCGACAAAAUAAAGAGUGAAAGUGCAAGAAAACAAGCAAACAUGAAGUCCAUAUUGGCGUACAGUGUGUCACUGCUACUUCUAGCAUCGAUCCCACCGAAUCACGGACAGGACUUCAAAGGUGCAAUCGAUCAGUGCACGAAGGAGUUCGACAUGGACAUGGACGUGGUUAUUUCGCUCAAGUACGGCGAUUUCAGUGAACGCGAUCCAUUGAUAGAGUGCUUCACCGAGUGUCUGAUGAAACGAUCUGGAUUCAUGUUCGACGAUUUCACGUACAACAAGACGCAAAUCAUUGGAUUUGCCGGCCGAUAUCUGGAACCAGAAGGGGCACAAAAUGUUUACGACAAUUGCAUCGACAGAUUCGGAACGACGGUUUGCGUGACUGGAUUCGAGAUGUACCAAUGUAUACAUGAGACGGCCGUGUCCGAUUGGGUAGAAAGCAAUUUUUAAAGUCCGGACUACGCGCGUCGAAUAUUAUUGUUUUGCUGAAUAGUACGUCUGUAGCUGAAUGAGUUGAUUGA